AUGGCAGCCGCUGAGCUGAAGCGCCAGACGGCUACUGUGGACUGCCCAAAGUCCAUGGUGGGGCGCGUAAUUGGCAAGAACGGAGAGACGAUCAAGGCGCUUCAGACCUACACGGGGGCUCUCAUCCAGAUCGACCAGACUGUGGAGCCCACCAAGGUCACGAUCAGUGGCACACCGCACAGCCUCAGCCUGGCGGUGUCGAUGGUCACAGAUAUCGUCAAGGGCACGUUCAAGGGCUUCGCGCUGCUGCGGCAGAUCACCAACGCCGGCGUGCGGCCCGCCGGCAUCCCUCCUGCGCCCAUGGCGCAGCCGCGGCCUGUUUAUGCACCGGGCUAUGGGCUCAUCCCGCCAUCGCAGUUGUAUGGCGCUGAUGACCGCACUGCGGGGGUGGUGGCGGUGGGUCGGCAGCAGGGCCCCAUGUCGUGGCCCCCAGCCGGCCAGGUGGUGCCGUCCCAGGUCAUCCUGGGUCUCCCCCAGUCUGGCGGUAUGAUGCGGCCAAUGGGGGCACAGCAGGCAAUGCUGGCUGGCGGUAUGGGCGGCAUGGACGAGGCGGCGAUGAUGGGCAUGGGUGGCUAUGGUGUGCCCGCGCCCAUGUACGCAGCCUACCAGCCUGCGGAGUACAGCAUGCAGGGCAUGCAGGUGGGCAUGAUGGGCGGCCCGGGCCCCGACAUGAUGUACGGCGGCAUGGACAGCGGCAUGAUGGGCGUCAGCGCCGGCGCCCGCAUGUACAGCGCAGCCUCACCCAAGCCUGGCCCGGGCGCCAACGGCAUGCACCGGGGCGGGGGCGUGCCCAAGAGCGGCAGCUCGUCAGACCUCGACGUGCUGGGCGGCGGCGGGGGCGCGGGCAACGGCGGCGCAGGCGGCGGCAACUGGGUGCAGAUCAUGGACCCUGACGGCAAGGUGUACCUCGUGAACCAGGCCGCGGGGGGUGGGGGCAACCAGUAG